AUGGCGGCCCCAGAACUGUCCCCGCGACGCGCACAGCGAACACCCGCUCGACAACACCGUGCACUUGCCUCCAUCGAGCUGGCCACCGAGCCAGCCAACCCCAACAAACGGCGCAAGUUCCUGCCUGGCGGACCUGGAGGCGGCGGCAGAUACAUCGACGAACACGGCCACGAGCUCAGCAGGGAGCAGGUGGAGGCGGAGGGUCUGCGUACCCUCCCCAGAUCGCGACCCAGGCGUGAGACGUCGCACGUGGACAGAUCGCUGCGCGUGGCAGUAACCGAGACGCCGCUUGUCACACGCUCAGCAGUCCGUCCCAGUUCAAGCAUGACAACGAGACCACGCCGAGAGCGCGAACGCCCUGAGCGAUACCAACCCCAGCCCGCAACACCCCGCCCACGAUAUAGCAGCGCGGCAGCGGCGGCAGCUGCGAGUCAGGCAAGCGAUGGAUACAAGCCGAGGGAGGAGCGUAGCUGGGAAGAGUUCCACCCUGACUUAGGUCUGGAUGCAGGCUUGUUACUGUACACCGCAGACGAGGUGGAUGGCAGAAUAAGCCGUUACGAUCCGAAGCUCCAGACGCUCAACAUACGCGGGUUCGAUGGCGAGCCGCUGGCAAAUGGGGACAUUGAGAUGAAAGAUGCUCCCGAGGAGGUUGAGGAACUGUCGUUUGGCUCGUCUUCCCUGUCACCACUGAAGCGCAAACCAGGCAGGCCGCCUAGGAGGCCAGAGGCGAUGCUGAACGGAUUGGGAUCUCCACCCGCCCCUAGAAUCAUGCCUCUCCCGACACAUAAUCCUAAAGAGAGGUUGAACCUCCCCAAGCCAUCCUUCCGACACUACAACCAUUUCCUGCAGUACGAGGAAGAUCAGAAGGAGAAUAAGGUCAACUACGUAGAUCGUACCAUGGCGCACGUGGGUUACCAGGAGACGGAUCGCUAUGAGCUACUUCCCGCAGCUUUGAUUCGCCUGUCUGAGGGACAGCAGGCCGAAGACGAGGCAGAAGUGGGCCUGAGGCUGGAAAGUGAUGGCCCUCUGCCAAGUGGACAAGCGGGUGUGAUUAUCAGUAAGGUCGAAUACGACAUGGACGAGCAAGAUGUGGCAUGGCUCGAUGACAUCAAUCAGCAACGCAAAGCGGAACUACAAGUCGAUGCGAUCAAACCUGCGAUCUUCGAGAUCACCAUGACUCAAAUCGAGAAGGAGUACCAUGCAUUGGAAAAGCGCAUACCGAAACCGCAGCCAAGACACGCUCAGACGCAUAGGCCGCGUUCGAGCUCUCAAGCAGCUGUCAAUGGCGAUCCAAAUCCGCCGGGAGAGGAGCCCGAUAGUAAGUGUUCGAUCUGCGACGACGGAGACUGUGAGAAUGCCAACGCCAUCAUCUUUUGUGACGGAUGCGACUUAGCGGUUCAUCAGGAGUGCUACGGUGUGCCCUUCAUUCCAGAGGGACAGUGGUUUUGUCGAAAAUGCAAAGAGAUUGGCCGCGGAACACCAACGUGUAUCUUUUGCCCAAACGUGGAUGGUGCAUUCAAACAGACCAGUACGCUAAGGUGGAGCCACCUACUGUGUGCCAUCUGGAUCCCGGAAGUCUCGAUCGCCAACACCACAUUCAUGGAGCCGAUCCAGGAUGUCGACAAAGUGCCAAAGAGCAGAUGGAGAUUGACGUGUUACAUCUGCAACCAGAAAAUGGGAGCUUGCAUACAGUGCGGGAACAAAAACUGCUACCAAGCGUUUCAUGUGACAUGUGCGCGCCGCGCGAAGCUUUUCCUCAAAAUGAAGUCGCAGAACCAGCAAGGCAUCGAUACUACCGCACUAAAGGCAUUCUGUGACCGACACGUCUCUCAAGACUGGCGGAGAGCACAUGACACCGAAAAUGCGACCAUCGAAGCCAAACGAUGGUACAAGCACGCUUUCAAGGACCGGAAGUGGGCUGACAGCCAAAGUGCAGCUCAAGAGCUUGGUGCACCACCACCGCCGGAUGGUGGCCUGGGUGGCGACAGUGUGGAUGAUACUAUCGCUGUCACUCCUGGAGCUGGCAGACGAAAAAAGCAGCCACAAAAGUCAAGCUGGAGAUUGGCUUCAGGCGCUCCAGUCGUCCCAGCUGUCGUCUUCAACGCAGUAGAAGCAAGUCUUGCACGGUUCACCAUCCGUAAGCGGAAGGAGUUCGUUGAGAGGGCCUGUAGAUACUGGACGCUGAAGAGAGAAGCUCGCAGAGGUGCUGCUCUGCUGAAACGCCUGCAGCUGCAGUUGGAAAGCUUUUCUAGCAUGGAAGUCACCCGCCGUAACUUCGCAGGCAUGGGCGCUGCUGGGCUACCACGACUGAAGCGACGUAUCUCGUUUGCCAAGAUACUGCAGAAAGAUAUGGGUUUCUUGAAGAAUCUGACUGCCGACAUCAGACAGCGGGAAGAAUUACGCCUGAGGGAGAUUGAGCUUCUGAAAGAGCUUGUUGAUACAGUUUACUUCCCCAUACCGCCGCUACUGUGGCCCAUUCUGCGGCGCGCCCAAAAGCUUGAUGAGAAGACUCGCGUAUUUCGCGCCGGCUUCGAGAUCCUGGAACAGCGGCUUCACGAACGAUACUAUACCUCGGUCGCGGACUUUUCGCAAGACUUCUCCCGCGUCGUUGGUCAGGCGCUUGCCUCCCGGGACAAGGUUGACUUGACUUCGGACGCAGGCAUCGAUAACAUCCAUGCCCAGCUUCUUGAGAACAAGCCUGGCACCGCUGAGCACAUGGCUCUCACGCAAGAGCAGAAGGACUUGAAGCGCGUAGCUAAGCGAGUGCUCAAGCCAGUCAGAGAGCUUCUUGAAGAGGCCACUCGUAAAGAAGCUCAAUUACGAGGGCUUGAGUUGGAAGAAGAGCUUCGCAAGCUGGACUCGAUGGGCAUCUUCGCAUCCGCCACCAGGGAGGAUGGCGAAGAAGAGAUCGAUUCAGCCAACCGACGUCGGACAGCUUCGGACGCCUCGGCAGUUGCAGGUGCGUCUCACGACAUUCACGACACGGGAAUGAUCGAUGCUGACGAACCAACCGACGAUGCAGCCAUCCACUUGAAUGUGGCAGGCAACGACGCCACGACACCAGUCCCCGAAGCCAAGACCGCGCCUGCCAGCAAGGCUGCGAGCUACGCUUCCUCAAUACCAGAGCACCAAUCGAAGACGCGCAGCGACAGACCAGCUGAGCCACUCUCACCGCCAAUCUCGCGGUCAUCCUCCGCGCCUAAUGGCCCAGAUGGCUCUACCAGUGGCGACGACAGCAACGUCCUCUCCGAAUCCCACGACGUCUUCGCCCAAGGCGGUGUGCCGUGGUACCUCGAGCCCUUCGAUCCGCUCGGCACAACAAUCCACGAGGAACGCUACACUGGUCGCGCAGUGCUGCGUGACAUGUCUGAGGAACUCUCCGACAUGGACGAGGACACGCUUACGGAGCUUGCCCCUGUCGGUGUCGAGGACACUCCGAAUGGCACUGGCAGUACCAACGGCACUGGGCCGACGCCAGCGCGGGCUGACGCUAUCAAGAAGGCGAACAAGAAGAAGAGAGGUCGUAGACAGCACUGGUCUCGGUAG